CACCAGCAUCACAUCAACACCUUUUGUCUACUCCAGUGUGUUUAACACUUGUGUGUCGGGACUGUGACACUUGAGUGUUUCCUCUGUGACGACUCACCGGGUGGAACGUGAUCUGGUAAUCGCGUCUAAAAGCAAACAGCAUUGCUUUCAACAGCCUGUCAGCCUCAUGCCACGCUAAUGAGCAAAAUCAAUUGUGAUAUCACGUCGACUACGAUAAUCUGAGAAGUCGUUUCUCGGUCCACAUAAGGAGCCAAUAUUCGCCCUCACCUGUACUCUGAGGGGUGUCUUGUUGCGCUAUCUAAAUCAUAGUCAUCCUAGGCUGAGGCCGAACAGCAAACAUGGAGCAAGGCGCGCCUUUAGAGGAACGUCUUCGGACUAUGAUCCUUAGCAAUGUAACUAUCUCAGACAAUCAAGACGGCAUGCGAUCCAAUCCCCUCCAUCGUGGUCAACACCAGCAUCGAUACUAUCAGCGUGGUCGGGGGCUUCACCAUAAUGCUCCCCAUGCAGCCAAUCAGGAACAGGGAUCGGGCAAUCGUAGUCGUGGUCGCGGAGGAAGGUAUCACGCACCACAGGAAAGGGGUACCUACCCCAGACAAUAUCACCAAAGGACCCAUGGCCCAAACCAGAUUCUACAACGGCCGCAAGGCCCGCCGCGAUUUCACGGAGCUCCUAUUCCCCAGCAGCAGCGAGCUUACGAGGAUCCUUUGCUUCAGAUCGAGCACCUGGACGGUGUGGCAUCUAUUGAGGUGCCGAAAGCGCAGAUCACCACAGCAGAAGUUGAGGCAAAGGAAGCAUUUAGAAAGAGCCUCGAGACUCUGUGUCAGGGGGCAAUUGAUUCAAAUCAUUCGGGGAACCUAGCAACAAUCUCUCUGCAAGGGUUUGGCAGCCUGGCAUCAGGUUUCGGCAUGCCUGGCUCUGAUAUGGACCUGGCCGUCGUACCAGUGUGGAAAAAUACAAGCUUAUCGCGAAACUCGAGCCUAGACAAAAAUAUACCACGGGUUCUUGAAAAGGCCGUUCUCGAUAGCAAACUAGGUGGACGACUCCUAACGAGGACAAGGGUACCAAUUUUGAAGAUCUGUGAGCACCCAACCGAUGAACUAUAUACAGCACUUCUAGAAGAGCGUCAUAAAUGGGACGAGCUCCCAGAAGAAGAGAAAUACCCAACUUCCAUCCCACUCCAUGACCGUACCCCACAGCCUUCGCAGAGUGCUCCCAGUGGAGAGGAAGAUGCGCCAAUUGGAACAGAUGGUACGCUUCCAGUGACUGACGCUCAUCAAGCAACAUCAUCUUCCGGUAAACUCAAACAAGACUCGCAUCAAUAUGAUAGUUCACCAGCAGCAGGUCUAAAUGGAGAAAAGGUUCAGUUGAACAAAGGUCAACACGAUAAGAAAUCCUGGCACCGUGAAAAGGUCCUCGGCCCACUCGAUUUUCCCAAGUCCGGUGUUGGCAUCCAGUGCGAUCUCAAUUUCAACAACACCUUAGGUAUCCACAACACUGAACUCUUACACUGCUACUCCUUGUGCGAUGAACGUGUGCGCCUGAUGGUGCUCUUUGUCAAGGCCUGGGCAAAGCGUCGGAAGGUCAACAGCAGCUACUCCGGUACACUCUCUAGCUACGGCUGGGUUCUCAUGGUCCUUCAUUAUCUCGUCAAUAUCGCCUCUCCGCCAGUUUGUCCUAAUUUACAGAUACGUCUUCCCACUCCAGUCAACCUCGAAGGUUUGGGACAACUAUGGGAAGAGACGGUAAUUGAAAACUAUGCAGUCCGCUUUUGGCGUGACAGGGAAGCAAUAAAACAAGCUGCACAAGCCGGCACUCUGACGCAGAACACUCAGUCAGUUGCCGCUCUGCUUCGCGGUUUCUUCUAUUACUAUGCCGCACCGCCAGUAGGGUUUGGGCCUGGGCCUCGACAUCCGACCUUCUACUGGACGCGCGAAGUUCUAUCUCUGCGCACGCUUGGAGGCAUCAGAACCAAAGACUCGAAAGGCUGGACAGGCGCAAAGACAACCAAUGUGGGCGGAAAGGAAGUCCGUCACCGUUACCUGUUCGCAAUUGAAGACCCAUUUGAAUUGGAUCACAACGUCGCGCGUACCGUCACUCAUAACGGAAUAGUAGCAAUUCGUGAUGAGUUCCGACGUGUGUGGAGAAUUCUUGGGGCCAUUGGCCGAGGCGAGGAGCCAGAAGGGGGCAUCUUCGAUGAGGUGGUGGAGCAAUCGCCACCAACGCCAACGCUUCAGGCCACAGAAGAAUCUAUUGACAGUCUGCAGCUUCGUCGAGAGAGCACGCAUGAGACAAAACCAACGACGGGCCUUGACAGUUCGCAAACCUGA